CUUAUAUAAAUGGCGGCAGAAAAACAAAAAACUUUUAGUAUUUUACCAAAAGUCAUCAAUGGGAACAUCGCCGGUUUCGUGGCCAUUUGUUGUGUUUUUCCAUUAGAUCUUGUAAAGACAAGAAUGCAAAAUCAAGUCAUCGGUCCAUCAGGAGAAAGAAUGUACAAAAGUAUACUCGACACUCUCGUUAAAACGUAUAAAAAAGACGGAUUUUUCGGUAUGUACCAAGGCGCCUUCAUAAAUAUCAUAUUCAUGAUGCCCGAAAAAGCCGUUAAACUCUCCGUUAAUGACAUGUUUAGAUUUAAACUAAAGAAAGAAGAUGGAUCGUUACCACUUGGUAGGCAAAUUUUGGCGGCGACGGGUUCAUCUGUUUCGGCAUUCAUUUGUUGCCCAAUGGAACUUUUCAAAAUUCAAAUGCAGGAUCAAGGACGAUUGGGCAAAGCAAAACUUAGAACCAGGGAUGUCAUUAGAAAUAUCUACCGAAAGAAUGGGUUUUUCGGCUUCUAUCAGGGUUUUAUUCCAACUUGGAUCCGCGACGUUCUCUUCUCCAUUAUAUAUUUUACGCUAUUUUUCAAUAUAUACGAAUUCUGUCCUCGCACCAUACACGGAGAGGAGAAAGCUUGGUGCUCUCUUGCCUGUGGAUGUGCAGCUGGAGGAACUGCAGCAUUUUUACUAACGCCUGUUGACGUGAUUAAAACUAGAUUGCAAACUCUCCAAAAAGGACAGGGCGAAGAAACUUAUUCUAGUGUUCCUGACGCGUUUAAGCGGAUAUUGACGAAGGAAGGCUGGAGAGCAUUGUAUAAAGGAGGCGCUUGUAGAGUCAUGGUUAUUGCUCCUUUAUUUGGAAUAACCCAAUUAGUUUAUUACCUUGGAAUUGCUGAAUUUCUCUUAGGGAUUAAAACAAAUGCGUAAUUCGUAAAUUGGCCAUUUUCUAAUAUAUGUCGAAA